AUGGCAUCCCAACAACAGCAACAAGAAGAUGAAAUAACGAUUCCGAUCAAAGUAUUGGUGGACAAAGAAAACAACAAAGUUGUUGCUGUUGAAGCAACAAAGGACUUCGUUGACACUCUCUUCAGUUUCUUGUCCCUUCCACUUGCCACCAUCAUUCGCCUUCUCACCAACAACCAACAACUCUCACAGUCACCAUUCCUUGGCAAUAUCACCAAUCUCUAUGAAAGCGUUCAAAAUCUGGCACCAAGUGAUGUUUGGAACAAAGUUUGCCAGCAAAUGUUGCUGCGUCCUAGAAACCCCUGUGAAGCACUGUGCUUGAAGCUGUUCUUGAACGUUGAUGACACACAACCCACAACAAAGCUUCUUGUGUGUGAUACAUGUAACAAGUUUACAAUUUUUCCGAACUUGGAUUGCAUUUGUGGGAAACCCAUUACAAAACAACCUCAUAAUUUGGAUUCUAAAGGUCAGGGGAAUAGUGUGGAAGCCAAAGGUGGAGUUUUUGUGCAAGAAAAUGGGUCAAUGUUUCUGGUCUUUGAUGAUUUGAAGAUUGUACCAAGUACUCUGGUGACCUCCUUUGAGCUGUUGCUGCAAUUAGGCUAUUCAGACCUCACUCAAUUAGAGGAAGUAACCCAUAACCUUGGCAAGCAGGAGAUUUUGAAUCUUCUCAAGUAUACCUUAACCUCUCAUGAGCCUCUGACGAAUACAAUAUUGGCAAGUAACUCUAAGAAGAAAGAUAAUCCACCAAACCAGUUUGCAUCCGCAAUUAGAGUGAAGCCUCCCUCUAAUGACAGUAAAAUGGAUGUCAAGUUAGUGCGAAGUAAGUCUCAACAGAAGAUAAUUUUUGCAGAAGCCAAAGAAGAUUUUGUUGACUUCAUGUUUAGCUUCCUUACCAUUCCAUUGGGGUCCAUUGUAAAACUUUUGGGUUGCCACUCUUUUGUUGGAUGCAUUGAUAAUCUGUACAAGAGUGUGGAGACCUUAGACUCUUCAUGGUGUACUGACUCACGUUCUGUGUUACUUAAUCCUGGUGUAGUGCCACAGUUUGGUUGUCCAAAUCAGCCUCUCAACAUUCCUGAUAUAAAACCUCGUAAGUAUUAUUAUGGUACAGGGACAAUAAGGCAAGUUUCUGGUUAUUAUAGAACAGAAGAAGUAGUCAGAACUGGGGGAGUGAUUUCCAAGUCACAGGCAUCAAUUUCAAAUGAGAUGAUCUGA